CUCUCUCUCCAAGCUCAUGGUUUACCCUCUCGGCUUCCGCCAAGAACCAAAUCAGGUCUGCGUUCACAAGGACCCCCAGCAAGGAGGGACCCCCACUGCCAGAGCUACAUCUGAAGAGCUGACAAGAACAGCCAAGUCAGAGGAUUAACUUGUUAUGGAGAAAAAAGCUUCCUGCGACUACAUGAACUCCAGUUAAUAGUUCUCAACUCUUCAUUUGGGUCUGUGUGGGAGUCGGUGUGUGAUCAUGGUGCAUAUGGACUCAGACAACACCAAGGAGAUGAGUCCUGAGUUCCUCUUCUGGAAAUACAUCGGACAUCAUCCUUUUGGCAACAAUCCUACGCUUCUUUAAAAUGUGUUGGGUCCUUCUCUCUCUCUUUCUCCCCUCACAUCCCUUUCCUGCAAUCUGCCAGUUGGAGGAAGAGAGACAGAAGUGCACUGAUAAGAACAGAAGAAUUUCAGUGACCUGCCAAGAGAAAUGGGCUGCUUCCUCACCAUCCCGGCUUGGGUGUGUGUAUCUGGUGGGGGGUCCUGACAGCACCUCCAGCCUGCGGGCCUGAGAGAUGCGAGGGAGGCACAGCCACAGACUCAUUGUUCCAGGCCUUGCAACCUUUCCAUAGGGAACCGGCUGGGGGUGUGGGGAGACUCAUUUCCGAGGAUUGUUGGAGGGCUUUGAAAACGACAGGAGGAGGGGAGCCGGUGUGUGUGUGUGUGUGUGAGGGGAACAAGGGGAGGGCACUCGGAGUACGGGGAGGAGAAAUGAGGUUGAUUUUUGGAUUUUUUUAUUUUUUUACGGUGGGGGCGGGGUAUUUCCAAAAUGCAACUCUUUAAAAACAAAUAGCAGACCCAGAGAGGCCUCAGAUACUGCUGGCAGCCAAAGGAGGAGACAUGACAGCCGUUGGAGAACUGAUGCUGCUGGUGGUGGGCCUGCUGGUGACAGCUCACUGCGAGGUGAGGGCCAGGGACCCAGAAGUGGAGGACGAGGAGCCCGGCCUGCCGGUCGAGAAGGGGGGAUGGAAUACCCAGGGGAUGGGGGUUGGUGUCCAUCCGGUGCCUCUGGAAUUCAACAUCCCUCACCUGAGGGCUGGACCGCAUGGCCACAGAACUGACGUGACUGUCCACCAAGCCGAUGGCCACAGACCUGACGUGAAUGACCAUCAUGCCGAUGGCCACAGACCUGACGUGACUGUCCACCAAGCCGAUGGCCACAGACCUGACGUGAAUGACCAUCAUGCCGAUGGCCACAGAGCACAAGGACAAGCGUCCCUCGGUCUACUGCCUGAGCAGACAGCGCCCCCACCAGGAGAUGGAGGGAGCAACCCUGCCCGCACCGGGAACUGGUGCGCAUUCGUGCACCGCCGCGUUCUCUCCAUGGCGGUCGCGUGUGGGACUGAGAAGUACACCAUUAAGUCCCAGAGCCCCUGUCCCAACGGCACGCCAGAUUGCCAGCUGAUCAUGUACAAACUCUCUACCCGCCCAGUGUACAGAGAGAAGCAGAAGAUCUUAACAGCCCUGUUGUGGAGGUGCUGUCCAGGACAUGGAGGAGAGAACUGUGAGGAAACAGUGGCUGGAGGCCAGGUAUCGGACCCUGCAGACCCCACAAUAGCUGGACAACCUCACCCAGGAGACACUGAGCCUCACCACACAGGUGCUCAGUCCAGGCAAACCCACCACCCGGAGUGGGUGCAGAAUGACUUCCAGGCAUCUGAGAAACCUCAGGACGAGGUGUACAACUCAGAGACUGACAGCAACCAAACACACGUGGGGUACGCAGAGUCUCCGGUAUUCCCUCGACAGGCCCUGGAGCACAUCCCUCAGCGAGGCUACAGCCACCCCGAUCAACCGCAUCGCCCUGAACCCAACCAACGCCAAGACUACUUCAGCCACGCAGCCACGCAGCAAGAACCCCCAUCUCCCCUCCCUGUACCCCACAUGGCCUUGAUGUCCCAGCUCCAGCCUGUGUUGGAUGGCUUCAAUCGCACCUUGGAGCGCCUGACCAUGGAGGUGAGGAAUCUUUCCCAGGACGUGGCCCAGCUCCGGAGCGCUCAGUGGGAGGCAGAGGAGGAGGCCCUGCGGGGGGCAGGGGCUGGAGAGGGUCCUGAGGCCUGGGAGUCUAAGCUAGAAAGGAGUUUCCAGGACAUCAAGGAGGUGAGAAGAGAACUGGAGAGACAGAGAACUGAGGUGGUGGACAGGGGACAUUCCCAGCAUGCCACGCUGCACUUUAACAUCACCAACUUCAAGAGAGACAUCGACAUGAGGAUCAAACGCAACCACAAUAUGUUACAGCUUAAUAUCCAGUCCAUGAAUGCCACCCUGUCAGACAUGAAGUUGGAGCAAGAGCGUCUGAGUGAAGCACUCCAGAGGGACCUGACCAGCCACGGGGACAGGAGGGAACCCAGCCAGGUUCUGCAGCCUCCAGACAACUCUGCCGUGUGGGAAGCCAUCACCCAUCUGGACAACAAGGUGGUCAAUAACACUGUGAUAGUGAAUUCCCUGGUUGAAGACCUGGAGAUGACCAAUAACCAUGUCAUGGACCUAAAGAGGGGCUUCAGAGGCCUCGAAGAGAACAUCGCCCAGACCGGGAGAAACAGCCAGAUCCUGUUCAUGGAGACAGGCCUGGAAGUGGAGGCAGCUAAAGUAGCCGUGCUAAACCGCGUCAACGAGCUGGCCAGCAACCUGACAAUGCACUCGGCCCAGCUGCAGGAGACGGAGAGCGAUGUGGACUACCUGUACGCAGCGUUCUAUAAGAAUGUUAGCGCAGCAGGAGAUUGUGACUGCAAGGCAUUCGCCCACACCAUCUCCCGUCUGGAGCAGGACCUGAAGAAUGUCACAGAGAUGGCCAAAGACAACCGGCUAGCCCUGGAUGGGGGUUAUAGUGUCGAGUCGGAGCGCUGGGGUACCUCUGUGGAGGAGAACUACCAAGGACUGGAUCACGUCAUGGCUUCCCUGGCCUUGGAGCAGGAGGCAAGCAGGAUGCUACAACAAAACAUCACCCAGCUUACGGCCUCUCUUCAUGACAGCCAGAGGGAUGUGCUAAACCUUAAGAAGAGUGACGAGCUGUUGUUAAACAAGAUGCACCAUCUCUCAAGCUCCUUCCAGUCUCUGCUGAAGGACGCCAUCCGGCACACCGACGUGCUCGAGACCCUCCUGGGGGAGGAAGUGAUGGAGUUCAUGGACUGGCCUUUCCUCGACCAGGAAGCCCAUUCCAUCCCAGCGCUGAAAGAGAGGCUCCUUAACAUCGAGGAGCAGAUCCGGGGUCAGAACCUCAGCCUCAACACAUUGCAGCAGGCCACCCGGGCAGAGGAAACAGCCUCAGACGAGCCCUCCAUCCUGGUAGGCCGGGCCUCCCGCGGCCUGAAGAGGAGUGGAGACCAGAGGAGCGCCCAGCUCAUGGAUUCAGCAGGCUCUGAGAACUACUCAGACCUGUGGAGCCUUGAGAAAGCUGUGGAAGAGCUGGGGGAGAAAGUCAGCCGGCUGGAGGACAGGCCUUGUCCUGCCAGCUGCAACAGCGCCUCUGAUGGAGCGGAGGCCAAACUACAGGCAGAGGUGGCCCAGUUGAGCCAGAGUCUGGAGGAUCACCUGCAACUCUUUAGGAACGUCUUCAGCAACCUAGAGGGGCUGGCAGGCUCACCUAGCACCUUGGAUCUGGACCAGCUGUGGGCUAUGAUGAAGAAGGAGAGCAAGAGACUGAAGAGAACCAAGGACAAGACAGAGAGAGCUAUCCCUCGCAGCAGGAGAGAAACUUCAGUGCUCUCCCAGCUGGGGGACAGUCCCCUGGUGUUUCUGGUUAACAGGCUACAGCGCAGCAGGCCAAACGACAACAGACCAAGUGACAGUAGACCGCUACUGUUUGAGAAAGCAUCUGUAAACUGGGGCCAUGCGUACUCAACAGGCACCGGGACAUUUCGAGCACCUUUGGGAGGAGUCUACCUCUUUGUGCUGACGCUGAACUUUGAACCCGGCCCCUCGCUGUCCAGGCUGAGGAGAGAGAGCGGAGAGCCGGUCGCCACUCUGCAUCAGGCCAAGGCGUCGUUGUCCGGCGCGGUCACACGCACGUGUCUCCUGCAGAUGCGGCAAGGAGAGGAGCUCUAUCUUGAACUGUUCGAGGGGACACUGGCGACCGGUGACCGGGAAAACAACAUCUUCGCCGGGCUACUUCUGUAUCACGCCACCUGAGGAUGCUUGGGCCGCUCCGCGGAGCCAGAGGACAGACUGUUGGACUGAUCAACCACUAGAAAGCUGCUACGCCACCCGUGUUUUCAACCCUAUUCAUUGAUUUUGGGAGAGGCGUGUAUAUAAGAGGAUCAGGGAGUAUAAAUGUUCCCUUUUUCAUUCAGUAUACCACUUCAGGAGUUGCAGUACAACUUGCCUGAAGUUAGUGUAGGUUGUUAAGAGAUUGCUGAAAUGCUCCAAAGUAUAAAAAAAGACAUCUAGAAAGAAACUGACUUAAAAAAUAUAAGGUAGCCUCUUCAAGACAUCACCUGCAAAUACAUUAUUUUUUGAUGACCGCAACAGUGCUAAAAGAGAACCAGACAAACAAAACAUUCCUACAAAACACAGGCUCCUUAUUGACAACAAUGAACAUCAAUCAAGUGAAGUUACAUCGAGAUGUAUUUUGUAACUCUUUGGGAGUACAUUAACAUGUAAUACCUUUCUUGACCAGCAGAUGGAAGUGCUAGACACCUUACUACCUACUGGAUUUUGCAAUAUCCUCCAGUCACCAGUAAUUAGAAUUAAAAAAAGAACCCAAGACCAGAACAACAAAUUUGUGUACUAAAAUAAGAUUAUUUACUUAAAAAUUGAUACAUUGAACAGGCUGUAUACAGAAUAAUUUUCUUUCCUUGGUAAACUCAUAAGGCAUCUUUUAACCAGAUGCUGUACAAAACACAUUAAAGAUUUACAUAUUAGAGAUUAUUCUAUAUGGGUUUUCUUGCAUAUUACAAAGAGGAAAACACUAGUUACUGGAUUAAGUAUUUUUCUUAAAUAUCUACCAUGUACUGUUAGCUUAAUUCACAGAGAAACUCUUGACUCACAUCCGCACACACCAGGAGCCAUUUCAGUGGACAUGCACGCUUAACCAACAUGUGGACCUAAUGCAUGCUUACCCACAGGCACUGCUCUGCUAAAGCUAUGCAAGAUAGGUUGUUUUAUGCAUUUGUAUGGACACAAGGAAAGCAAAAGCAAACACUGAUGGAGGAGGCAGAGAAUAGGUGCAAGAAACUGAAAGUGAAUACACAGGCCAAGACUUAGAUCCUGUGCAAGAUGCUCAACCAUAGAUGUUUUGAGCGUCCCCAGAUAUUUCUUAUUAUGAACUUUGUUACGGCAUUGCCAUUGAAGGCAUCCGCCAUCUUAAAGUAGUUGGUGUGAUUUCUGAUAGGAUCCUUCCUAGUUAGCAGUUUGAUAUGACCCCAGCUGGAUCAUCAGGAAGGAUCAGCCAAUUAAGUCCCACCCAGUUGACUACAUUGAAAUGGUGAAUGCCUAAAAUGACGAUGUUCAUGCAUAAAACUCUCUCUAGAGGCCUCUACCUUUCUCUGUGGUUUUAACAACAGUUGACAAAAUAAUUUAAGAACGACAAUCUACAACAAGGCUCCCUACAUUUCUGUACACUAUGGGUCAGCGGAGGACAUUAAGUUGCAAUUUCAUACUUUUUCUAUUUUGUACUGUUAAAUAAAUCAGCAGUGGAAAUUGUCAA